CUAGCCGCUGUGGUCGGCGCUGUCCCACGGGCUCGUCGCCAGGCCGUCAGCCUUCCCGACGGCGUCGAUCUGCUACUCGGCCGUGCCGUCCAGUCCAACUUCCAGUGCACCCGCGACGGCUACUACGCUGACGUAGAGACCAACUGCCAGGUGUUCCACGUGUGCCGCGGUGUGACCAAGGAGGACGGCAGCAUGGACUACGAGCACCACGCUUUCGCCUGCGGCAACCAGACCGUCUUCAACCAGGCUUCCUUCACCUGCGCCUUCACCGAAGAGGCCAUCCCGUGCAGCAGCGCCAAGGACUUCUUCUACCUCAACGAGCGUCUCUUCCAGGACAAGGACACCCCCAUUCUAGGAGACGAGGAGGCCCAGAAGGCUGCUGAAUUCUACCCGGCCCGCGCCGCCGCCGCCGCCGCCGCCAAGGCGUAAAAAAGGCCACAUGCGAAUGAGUGUGUUAGGACUGAGUGUGAGAGCUUGUACAGUGAUACGUAAUUAACCGAAUGUUGUACAGUGAUACGUAUUAAAUCGGGUAUUCCAAUUU